UCCGCGCCCAUUUCCGCCGGCGCGGAGCCCGGCCCCUCGCCCGCCGCGCUGCCGGGGACCCGGGACCCGCCACCGCCACCGCCACCUCCGCCGCCCCCCCGCCGCCCCCAGCGCCACCGACAGCGAUGCCGGGAGAGGCGGCGGCCGCGCUGGCCAUGGGUGUGCUACUUGCCGUGUGCCACGCGCUGGAGAACACCACGGCAGCCCGGAGCGCUCCAGGCCCGCCGGUGGCGGCGGCGGUGAGGUCCCACUUCAACGACUGUCCCGACUCCCACAGCCAGUUCUGCUUCCACGGCACCUGCCGGUUCCUGGUCCAGGAGGAGAAGCCGGCGUGUGUGUGCCACUCGGGGUACGUGGGGACGCGGUGUGAGCACGCCGACCUCCUGGCCGUGGUGGCCGCCAACCAGAAGAAGCAGACAAUCACCGCCUUGGUGGUGGUGUCCGUGGUGGCCUCGGCGCUGCUCGUCGGCAUCUGCCUCCUUAUACACUGCUGCCGGCGGUGGAAACGUUGCCCGUGGUGCCGGACGCCCGGCGGGGGGGACCAGGAGAAACCGGGGGGGCUCUUAAAAAGCGGCGCCUCCUGUUGUCAUAGCGAGACGGGUAAGGGGGGACCCUGGGGACAGCGCGGGGGGACCCCGGCCCCCGCCAGCCCCCCGGUCUGAUUGUGCUCCCCUCAGGGGUCUGACGGAACAGGGGGGUCCCGCCGCCGCCCCCCGCCCAGGACGCCCAGGACCAGCGCAGCAUCUCCUCUGGUUUUUGUCUAUUUUUUGUUAUUUUCUUACGUUUUUUCUUUAUCCCCCCCCCACCACAGACCCCCAGCAAAUGGGGGGGGGGGGGGGGGCGUGUUCUUUGGUUUUGGGUUUGUUUUCCUUUGUUUCUCGUUUUUUUGGGUGUUUUUUACAACCAGAACCGCUCCCGCGGGAUGGGGCUUUAUUUUCCUAUAGAGCCAGAAGCGCCGGUGGAGCCCCCGCCCCGGACCGCACCGAUUUUUGGGGACAGAAACCAGCUUUUUAUUAAUAACAAAAUGAACCUUAAUCCUAGGAAACCUCCUCAAACCGCUGCUCUAACCUCCCGGUGCAGCGUUAAUCUUUUCCGUAGCCUUUAUCAUAACCAACCCAAAGCUUUAUUUUUGGUUUGUUUCUUUGGGGUUUUUAUUGGGUUUUGGUUUUAUUUGUUGGGUUUUUUUGUUUCUUUUUGUUAUUUUUUUUUGUUUGUUUUUUUGUUUGUUUUUAAAGUCGCAGUUACUUUCAUGUCUUCUGUAUAUGUUGCACUGAAAGUUAAUAUUUAAUGUUUUAAUUUAUUUUGUGUGGUUAAAUUAAUUUUGAUUUCUAUAAUAUGUUAUUGUGAUCAUCUCUUUUCCCCCUCCUCCCCCCCCAACACCUGGAUUAUAGUUAUUUAAGUGAUAUAAAGGACACUUUUUUCAGAAAA